GGCGGGGCUGGGAAAAGCGGGGGUCGCGGGCUUGCGAGAGCGACACUGGAAGGCUUCGCGUCUGGGGAAGGCGGCUUAGCAGUUUCGGCCAGCGAGGGUACCGGUGACCAUGAGAUCUCUGCAGCUGCUCAGAACCCCCUUCCUGUGGGGCCUACUCUGGGCCUUCUCUGCCCCAGGUGCCAAGGCCCAUGAGCCUGGGGCCAGCUCCUCCCAUCCUGGCAGCGUGGGCCUGGAUAAGAACACAGUGCACGACCAAGAGCAUAUCAUGGAACAUCUAGAAGGUGUCAUCAACAAACCAGAGGCGGAGAUGUCCCCACAAGAACUGCAGCUCCAUUAUUUCAAAAUGCAUGAUUAUGACGGCAAUAAUUUGCUUGACGGCCUAGAACUCUCUACAGCCAUCACUCAUGUCCAUAAGGAGGAAGGGAAUGAACAGGCACCACCAAUGAGUGAAGAGGAACUGAUUAACUUAAUAGAUGGUGUUUUGAGGGACGACGACAAGAACAAUGAUGGAUACAUCGACUAUGCUGAGUUUGCAAAAUCACUGCAGUAGACAUUAUUUGGCCAUCUCCUAGUUAUUAUGCAAAUGUGACCUGUUAUAAUGUGAUUGAACACGUUCGUUUGGUAAUGCAAAAUGACUCAUUUCCAACUACUGCCGAAGUAUUUUGGCAAGAACCUGUAGCAAUUGUUACACUGGGGUGAGAAAGAGAAAUCAAGAGAAAUUAGAGAAGAGAAAUGGGACAUGUUGUAGUUCUCACGUACUGUUACACCUCCUGUUGCACAAGGGCUUCAUUAAAGAAUCUUUUUAAGAAUCUUGUAUAAUUGGAGCUGAGUACUCAGGAACAUGACUGUGGAAUACUGCUAGUCUCUUGGUUUUAAUUCAUGCUACUUGAAAAGUAAGACAGGCUUUGCCAAGUGGACACACUUUUCAGUAACAGUGAAGGAAUGUAAUGAAUGCCAAAUGUUUCCCCUUGGGGGUCCCAUCUCUUCAGGUAAACAUGGUCAGUGUUCUGUUAAAGUUUCCCUGGCCUAAAUGAUUGCUUGCUUUGGGCAAGUGAGUACCGAUUAGGCUAUUUCAAAGCCACAGCAUAAGACAACUGUCAGAUAUUGAGUUCAGCUAGCCAUGAGUCUGUAUCUUUGGUGCUUUGGCUAUGAUAUACCACUGACCUAACUGAUUGACCUUUUUCAGUUUUUCAGUAUUUUAUAGAACUACUGCCACAUCCUUAAUACUUUAUUUCUUUCAUGUCUUCUUCAACCUGGGAGAGACCUUGAAUUUAAAAGUAUUCUCUAAUCAAUAGCAAAUGUUUUAGCUUUCCUAAUAUUUGUAUUUAACUCUUAUUUCUAGAGUUUUGUUUUUGCAGUUUAGAAACUGUUAGGAAUGUAAGGGUUUAUCUUUUCUGCUUGAUACAGCAGGGGUAAAACUACUAGCUGCUCUAGCCUAAGUGAGAAGUGAAAAGAUCAUUCACCUGCUAUAAGUUAUAUUUAGAAGGAAUGUUUUUAAAAUUACCUCUUUUAGCCUAAAUACACAAUUAGGAAUGAUUAGAAAAAGAAUUCUAAAAACUUUAACAGUAUGAACCUCAAUAGUAGUUGAAAAUGAGAAGCAGUAGCAAAUUGUAAUUUGGUUAUUGGAUGUGAUGGACAUUUCUCUGACAGAAAACCUGAGGUGAUGAUUGAAUGAGGAAAAAAUGCAUAAAAUUUGCUGUAAGUUGUAUAGAGACAUUUCUUUAUUAAAGUAUUCUUAUAAGAAAACAUAUGUAUUUGUAAAAAUGUUUUCCUGUGUCAAGUAUUUGUGUAGUCAGAGCUGAAUUGUAAACUAUUCUUAUAAAAGCUAGUUAUUUUCAAAGAUUUAUAAAUUGAAUUCUAGAUAAAUGACCAAUAAAACUGAUGAAACAAAAUAAA